AUGUCCGCCAACUUUGGACGUCGGCUUUACACCCAAUUUCGGGAAUCGGCCUAUCCAUUCCUAGGCCGCAUACCAAAUCGCAUUUCCGCCGCCGACGCCUCUUCAAGGAAGCUUCUCGACUCGUUCGUGGCUGGUCCGCGGCGCUUGUCCACUCCAGUGAAAUCAACCCAACUGACUAGAGGAUUUGCUUCCGGUAGCUUUCUCGUUUUCGCCUCUCCCAGCUCCACUGCGGCAGAAACAAGUGCAGCGUGCAUCAUAACCUCUAAAACUAUAUCACCACAUUAUCUUUGGAAACGAGCUCUUCACACACCAAAAAAUGGCCAACAUAAUGGAGGAUCCUUCGACAAUCAUCAGGCCCCAAAGGCCGAUGAUCCUUCUCCAAGUAUCCAAAACACCGCUAAUCACACUCAAAAUUCCUCUCCGAAGCUGCAAGCGCAUGAUCCGCAUCCCGCACGUCCCUCUAAUCGCCAUUUAAUGGAUCGCCUACCACAUAUCCCACACUUACACCGACCAACAAAAGAAGAGCUUUUGGCGGCAGCAACUGGAUUUUGGUCGCGUCUCAAAGUGCGAUUUAAGUGGUUCUCGAUACGAAGUGUACGGCCCUUCAACCUCGAUGAAAUAACAGCACUCUUCUCCUGGGUUCUCCUAGGUCAUGUUGUAUGGGUCGUAGUGGGAACAACCACAUUCUUCUCCCUUCUGAUCUUAGCCAUAAAUACCGUCUUCGCGCAAGAAACGUUGGCAGGAUGGGUAGGCAAUUACUUGACCAAGUCCUCUGGCGUCCAGGUGGUGUUUGAGUCUGCCAUUGUGCCCAAGUGGAAAAAUGGUGUAAUUACUUUCAAGAACGUUUUUGUUUCGAGGCGGCCAGGCCAAGGUACAGGCCAUGUCAGUAAAGGUUCUUCAAAGACCGCCGCCGCUGCCGCUGCCGCCGCCGCCCGAGGUGAAACCGGACUCGAGGAUCCACUCGCGUUUGAAGAAGAAGACACCAAUUACACACAGUUUGACGUAUCCCUAGAAACCGUCAAUGUGACGCUGUCAUUUACCAAGUGGCUGAAUGGAAAGGGUCCGCUGCGGGAUGUUGAAGUCAAGGGAAUCCGAGGUGUUAUCGAUCGCCGGCAUGUUUUCUGGCCGGAAGAUGAUCUCGAUCCCAAGUCCUACCGACAUGAGCAUCACCCAGGCGAUUUCGAAAUUGAUUCGUUCAAGAUGCACGAUGUAUUGGUGACUGUCUAUCAACCCGACAACUUCCGACCAUUUUCUAUCAGUAUCUUCUCUUGUGACCUUCCCCAGCUGCGGAAGCAGUGGUUAUUCUAUGACUUCUUGUCGGCGAAUAUGAUGUCGGGUUCCUUUGAUAAUUCGCUAUUCACUAUUCACCCCCGUCAGACCAAUGGCUUUACAGGAGGCCGAUGGGAUGAAGGUACAGAGGAAGAUGGCAAAUCCAGCCCUUGGAAAAAGCACAGCAGGAUUCGUGUUGAUGGACUCAAUGUCGAUCAUCUGAAUCGCGGCGUCCAAGGUCCAUUCUCGUGGAUCCAUGAAGGCACCGUGGACAUUGUGGCCGACAUCAUGUUCCCUGCUGAAAAUGAUGAGAGCAUUGCGAAGGUGAUGGCAGAUUUCUAUGAUCGACUGGAGGCCACCGUCACCUCCAAUCAGGAUUCAGACUCCGUGCGUCAGCACGCGGAUGUCGAUCUCGAUGACGUUUCCGAUGCCGACAAGCGGUUCCUCAUGAUGGACCUACGAGUUCAGAUGAACAACGUUCGUGCCGCUGUUCCAAUAUUCACCCGAGACCUCUCUUAUAUCAACAACGCCCUCAUUCGCCCAAUUGUCGCGUACAUCAACUCAAAGCGUACCUUCAUUCCCAUCAAUUGCCGUCUCGUCAAGCGUGCUGGUGAUUUUGAUGGCAGCUGGACCAUCUUUGACAGUGGGCUAAUGGACGAUCUGUCCGCUGCUACCUACGAUGCCUUUGCUCGGGACGUCGUGGAUGACCAAGCCCGCAAACGGCGAUUCAAGAAAGUUGGAUUCUGGUCUCUCCAGCUGGCCGCACAAGCCAUCUUCAUGGGGAUGGCGGGCAAUAUCGCAUGA